CUGGGCGGAACCAAAACACAGAGUCCUGUUUCUGGAGGAACUUUAUGAAGUAGUUUGAGUGUUUGUGGUAGGUACUGUUAAGUGUGGUUGGAAAGAUCCGUAAAAUCACCUGUUAGAACCUAAGCUGUACAGCGGACAUGGUCUCCACGGUCCAGAACACCGAUGUUAAGCAGAAAGAGUCGGACCAUGCAGUAGUUGUGGCAGUAGCGUCUCGUGCAGUGUUUGAACCAGAAGCACAAGGUGGCGAUAAUGUGUAUGCAGAAGGAGUGGCUUUUCCACUGCUACAGGCGCUGCAGAAAGUGAAUGAACGUCUGUUGGAGGAAAAUUCUGCUGAGUCGCUGCUGUUUGACAUUGUCCUGAUCACCACCGACAGCCAGCAGCAGCAGCAGAGCUCCCACCUUAUCAGCAGCACCAAACACUAUGGUCUUGAAGUCAGUAGGUUCUGUUUUUCCACUGAGGAGGAUUUCAUUGAGAGUCUGUUGCAAAAUAACGUGCAGCUCUUUCUGUCGACGGACAGAAACGAGGUGUCGCAGACGUCACAGAAAGGUGUUUUAUCAGCGCUACUGGAUGAGUACACAACUUCAUGUCCAUCUGAACAGCUGAGAGUUUUGUUCUGCAGGGACGCCGUCAUCAGACCUGAUACCAACCCAACACCCGCAAGCAGACAGGCUGCUCAGAGCUUCUCAGCUCAGUUGGGAAAGAUGCGGCAGAGGUUCGGUAUGUCCGACAGCCCUCUCAGCAUCGCCCUAAUGACGUCUUGUGGUGGCCGGGACAGCUGUGGUGGUGCUCUGCGGACAUUGCGGUCUCUUGGUAUAAGUGUAGAUGAGGCAUACUGCCUGGCCGGGUCACCUCGAGGUCCCAUCCUGUCCGUGCUCAGACCUCACUUUGUUCUCAGCGACUGCUUCAGUGGCCUGGAAGACUGAUGACGUGAUGAACAGGUUCAUAGUGUCUUUGAAACAAGCUGGCAAGUCCUCAGACUGAAUUGAGUUUAACACCAGCGUGAACAAAGUCUUACAUCUCAUCCAGCCUUAAAGAGCCGAUGAGGGAUCCAGAGAGGAUCCCCGUGCACCGCUGGAACUGACGUUACAGAGGGACAACCAUUUCAUUCGAAUCAUUCGUCUUUUUUUGUUAUUGUUUUUUUCUUUGUUUGGUGAUUGGUGGAAUUGGUUUCUUUUGGUUUUUGUAUAAGGGGCAACUGGAAUUAGUUUGUCUGUUCAGUUUGAAUAAAGGUGUUUGUUGCUGUCUUGA